AUGCUCAGUCUUGACAGCUGGUGGUGGCGGUUCCUUGAGACCUACGUCUACGCCGAGCUCCCGCCGCCGCCGCGCCGCCGCACCACGCCGCUCCAGGUCCUAUGCGUUGGCCCGCCCCGGUCCGGCACCGAGUCGCUGUCCCAGGCGCUCGCCAUCCUCGGCUAUGACCACUCUUACCACGGCUGGGACAUCUUGUUCGAGGCGCCACACCGCAUGCAGGACUGGGCAGCCCUCGCCCGCACCAAAUGGUAUGGCCGUCGCACUGGUUCGGCGGAUCUAGCAGCGGCCGACUUUGACGCCGUGCUGGGCCAUGCCGCGGCCGUGUCCGACGCGCCGGCGAGCUGCUUCGCGGCCGAGCUGAUUGCCGCGUACCCCGAGGCCAAGGUCGUGCUCAACACGCGGAGCGACCUCGACGAGUGGCUGGGCAGCAUGGACAAGACGAUUGUGGCCAUCAACGAUAGCUGGAUGUUUUGGCUCAUACACCUUUUCCACCGCGAGGCGUUUUGGGCGUGGCACGUCUCUCAACGCUAUCUCUGGGCACCCUUCUUCCGCGCGCCCGACGGCCACAUGGCGACGGCGAUUCGCAGAAAUGGUAAAUGGGUCUAUCAAGAACACUGCAACAUGGUUCGAGGCUUGGUGCCCAAGGAAAGAUUGCUGGAGUGGCAGAUUGGGGAUGGCUGGGAACCGCUGUGCGAGUUUCUCGACAAGCCGGUACCCGACGUCCCGUUCCCGCAUGCAAAUACUCAGAAUAAGGGUUGGAAGGAGAGAGAGCAGCAGGCCAUGAACAAAUGGGUGUUUUUAGCCUUAAGGAAUGCACUUGUGCUCGGCGCAGGUCUCUCCGGCCUCGGCGCGAUAAUGUAUAAGCAACUAUGCUGA